UCUCUUUCCUCUGCCCUGGCUGGUCUUGCUUUUUCUAAAGGGAUGACCUUGAGGACCUUCGAGCUUAGGAACGCUCAGACAGAGGCAGGUUUGCCUGCUGGGAGCAGGGCCCCUAGAGCAGCGCCCUCCUGGAGCAUUCCAAAGUCACUCUGUCCUUCCCUCCUGCUCUCUUCCUGACGUUGGCCGAGGACUGGGACUCGCGAGAGACGACUCACGGACCCCACGGACGGAUUAACUUGGCGUCCCCUCCCUUCUGCUCAGAGCCCGCCCAAGUCGGAGAACUCAGAGUCGACUUCAAGAGUGAAGCUCUUUGAACUUAUUUAAAAACAUACACCUAUCUUAAAUGUCAGUCCAGUAUCCACAGGGGCGAGCGACAGUAGGUGAGAAACCUGGAAAUGAGCCCGAAGAGGCGAGGCUGCAGAACGCCAGCAGGCAGAUCGUGCAGGAUGCGGUCCUGCGCGCGGUGCGGCAGGUGUCCCGGGAGGGCCGGGGCCAGGAGCGCGCCCGGGGCGGCGUCCAGCGGGGCGUGGGCGACGUAACCAAGAAGCAGGAGAAGAAGUAACGCGCUGGGUUUGGCUCUUGUCACACGCUUGGUUUCCAGCCUUCCUCGUAGCAUAGGAUGCGUCGCCAAAAUGUCGCCAGCAAAGCCAACCAAAGUGUCAUCGGCGCCCAGUGGUAGAAGGAACUCCCGAGCCCCAGCAGGAAGCGCUGUCGCGACCCCGCACGGAUGCAGCGCUCUGGAACGUCGCGGGCCAAAAGGGACACUGUAACGCAAAGGUCGUGUUCACCCGGGUUGUUUGUAAAGUUCUUUAAUUAAAAGAGGAAUUCUUGGUCUUCUUUAGUUACUUCUGCCUUUUAUGCAUUCUUUUGGUGAAUUGAACAAGCUUUUUCCCCUUCCUGAAUUACCGAGUACAGUAUUGUGUUCCUUGUAAUAUUUUAAACAGACAUGCUGGAAGGUGAGGGAAUGGAGUUUUGGCCACUUUCAAAUAUGGACUUGAAAGCUUUUAUGAAGUGGGUUCCCAUCCAAGAUCAAAUUAAGCAAAGGCAGACUCUAAGACCACAUCCCACAGGGUCUUACUAAGACUUAUUUAUUUAUUUAUUUGCAGUUUUGUUUUUUUUUUUCCGGCCGGGGCUGGGUUUGAACACGCCACCUCUGGCAAAUGGGGCUGGAGUGGUUUGAACACACCACCUCUGGCAAAUGGGGCUGGUGCCCUACUCCUUUGAGCCACAGGCGCCACCCCCAAGGCUUAUUUUUAUAUUACUUUUUAAAAAGGAGGAGUUUAGGCUUCUCAAAAAUGCACCCCUUUAAUCACAAUUCUCUGUAUUAUUUGAAAACUAGUGGGUAAACCCUGUGCGGAAAUCCUCUGGGAUACUAUGGCUGUCUCUUCCCAGGUCAAGAUUAAAUAAAAUAGGACAGGUGAGCCUGCAUGUGCUAGUUGCCCCGGACUCAAUUCUUUAGCAACCUGGUGAAGA